UUUCCGUCUGUUCGGUGUUUUAGACCCGUUCGCAGAGCGCUGGGAGACUGUGGCGCAGUUUGAGGGGCUGCCUGGUGGUUUUAUUUCUCAUUAAGUUACGGAGGAGCCGCUGCAGAUUCCCUUUGCAGAACCGGCGCCGUUGUGGAAGAGUGGGCGCGGCCCACAUUACUCCCCACAGCACAGCACGGGCGAGCUUCACAGGUCUUUUACCUCUAAGGCCCUGAAGCCGUGAGAUCUGUCUUGCUCACUGUCACUUCCCUGGUGGUUGUUGAUUUUCAUGCGUGCGAGGAGAAUGGUCAUCAAGUAAAAUGACAUUGCAGUGGGUUGCUGUUGCAUCUUUCUUGUAUGCAGAAAUUGGCUUCGUUUUGUUUCUGUGUUUACCGUUCAUCUCCCCUCGAAGGUGGUUAAAAGUUUUCAAUUUCCGUUUAUGGGAGAAAAUUGCUUCUUACUGGAAUAGAGCAUUUCUCACUAUAAUUAUAGUGUUGGUUGUCUUGUUUUUUGAUGCCAUUAGAGAGGUGAGGAAAUAUUCAAUGAGCCAAACGAUUGGAAAAAAUGAAAAGAUGCUUCCAAAUAUGUAUGAUCAUCUCAACAUGAAGCUUUUUAGGGCACAAAGGAAUCUUUACAUAUCUGGAUUUUCACUGUUUCUUUGGCUUGUCCUUAGACGUAUGAUCACUCUUAUCUCAGAACUGGCAAUUGCAAUGGGAGAAAAUCAAGCACUUCAGGUUCAAACUGAUAAUACUAAUAAUGCUGCCAAGAGGUACAUGGAGGAAAAUGAAGAACUGAAAAAGGCUUUAAAUAGAGGUAAAGAUGAUGGAAUUAAGAAACUGGAAGAGGAAAAUAAUCAGCUGAUUAAAGAAAUCAAGGAUCUAAAGGUUGAAUUAAAGAAAACCACAGAAGCCCUUGAGAAAUCAAAGAUUGAAAUGGCUUCAAUCAAAAAACAAUAUGAUGGACUGACUAGGGAAUAUGACCGACUUCUGCAGGAGCAUGACAAGAUGCAGAGUCUUGUUGACACCACUGAUAAGAAGAGCAACUAAACUGCAAAAAGUAUUCUCUUGUGCCUUUGGAUAUCAUCUGUAACAACAGAAUAUUUGUAUUUGUUUGUUUCCUUAACAGCAUAAUGAAGCUAGAAGUGAAGUGAGUCAGUAUUUACAAAAAAAAAGUAAAUUGAUGGUUAUUUUCAGUUUGUUGUGCAUCAUUCCAUUAAUACAUGAAAAAUGGGAAUAUGGAUAACACAGUAAUUGGAAUAUGGCUCAUUCACAACUGAUAUCUGCUAGAAAUGCAAUGAAUCUGUAUAUGUGUGCAUUUACAUACCUGACGUUGAAGUAACAUUUUCAUAUAGCUGUUUUCCCAAGUUGAGUUUCUUUACUACAUAUUUGAAAUGCCAUCCCUUUUCAAAUUCUAAUUACCCAAAUCCAAUGUCAUAUAUAGGGCCCAGUCAAAUUCUUCAUGCAAGAGGUUUUGACCAAAGAGGUAUACGUGCCAUUAUCCUAACUUCCUCCACUUUGUUUGGACCUACAUUUGUACACCACUUUGGGACUCUUGUUAUCAUUAAAGAAAGAGGACGACACCUUUUGUCCCCUCUUUACAAUGUUUCUGUGGAACUAUAACAAUGGUAACGUCCAUCAGAGCCCUGAGGUACCACUCUAAGUUCAUUGGUUGGGAUAGAUGUCUCUUCUGUUUUCCAGACAAUACCUUGUGAAUGUUCACAAAGCGGUACAAAGUCAUAAUACUAUACUUGGCACAUUUACUACAUGUCUUAAUUUGUUCAUGUUGUAUGUUGUAUGUUUAAGAAUGUCACUAUCUAAAGCAAUAGAUAGUAACAAGGCAAUCUUUUCAUGUCCGUUGCUGAACUUUUUUUAUUUGUCUCAUUCUGUCCAGAAUGGAAAGGAGACCCUUGAGUAAUGAUGAUAUUUACAGAUAAAUUACUUAUAUUUGUUGUUGCAAUUUGUUUUGCACCUAUGGUACCCAAAAACCCUCAGCAUGCAAGAAGAUGUGUCUAACAUGAGCAACUUCAAAUUAAUCUUUCUUGGGCUAAGUGAUUGUUUAAUGUUAGUCAGGGGAUGUGGUUCUUUAAUGGUAUGUGUGUUAAAGCAGCUUCUUAUGCUGGGCUUUGUCCUGAAAUUUUUGGCAGAUAAUUCAGAAAUGGAUAUGAGAAAACAAAUAUCACUAUACUGUGAAAAUUUAGUUUGGAGUUCAAUCUCUUGAACUGAAAAGUUAGUAAUUAUAAUAAUGUGAACACAUAGUUAAUUUCCUCGUUGGAAUCAAUGUGUUGAACUCUUUAAAAAACUUUGUAAAUCUCAUUAAUUAAUGUUACUUUCACCAGAAUUGUUCUGAAAAGUUCAAAGUAUCUUGACAGAAUUUUGUUUACGAAGUUCAGGUUGGGGCUUCCCACUGGGUGUAAAUAUAAAUUAAGUCAGUGCACUGAAAAGUUCUUUGCCAUCACAUACUUAUUGUCUCCUGCCGUCAUAGACUGUAACAGGUCAAACAAAAAACAGAUUUGAUGCUUUUGUUUGAAAUAUAAAAUCAAUAAAACUAUAAAUUAUUUUCAUGA